AUGGAAUUAAAUCUCAAUAGAGUAGAUUAUGCACAUGUUGGGACUACAACAAAUUGUUGUCUUAGAGUAAUUCACACAACUUCUGUAGAUGGCAGCCAUCUAAGUACUCGAAGACAUUCCACAAUUAAAUUAGAAAAUACUACAGAAAGUGGAGGAGGAGGAGAACAAUUAAUAAUUAAACGGAAAGGGAGUAAUAAAAGGAAAAAUAAAUUAAAUGAAAAUGAAACUGAUAAAUUAAUUAUUGGAGAUCAAAAUGGGGUUGUGUUAUGUAUGGAAAGGAAAGAUGGAAAUACAAAUAUUCUCUAUAAAACACCUCCUGGCCCUCCAAUUCGAAGACUUAUGAUGGGAGGUGCUUUAGGUUCUAUACAAGAUAAAGCAUUUAUUGCUUGUGGAACUGAAGUUAGAGGAUAUAGCCGUAAAGGAAAACAAUUUUUGGCAUUUAAUUCUAAUUUAACAGAAUCAAUUCAAUCUUUAUAUGUUUAUGGUAUUGAUAUGUUAAUUGCAAGCAAAAACUCUUUUUAUCAUUUUCACGAUUGUAUCGAGAAAAGUCAUUUUCCUUGUAGCGACAAUAUUCUUGACAUUCUUUGUUUACCUAUAACAGAAGGUGGAUGGGUUGGACGUGGAUUAACACCUGUUUUGGCUUGUGCUGAUAAAACAAUUAAAGUUUUGGAUGGUUCAAGAAUUGUUUAUCAAGUUCCAUUAAACGAAGUCCCGACAGUUUUACAUCUUUUUUGUAAUGAUGGAGGGUAUAAUAAACAGAAAGUAUUAUUUGGAUGUAAAAAUGGAUAUAUUGGUUUAGUUGAUUUGGGGGUAGAUUUUUGGACAAUGUGUCAACAAUUCGAGACAAAAUCCUUUGGAACUAUUUCCACAAUUCAUUGUUAUCCAAUGAUGGGAGAGGAGAAUAAUACACAACCAGAUGUUUUGAUAGGAAAGGAUGAUGGACUUAUUGAAUUAUAUGCUGUAGACGAAAAUAAUAAUUUAACAUUUCGUCAAUCAUAUCAAUGCGAAGAAAGUAUUACUGGAUUACAAGGAGGGAGAGUAGGUAAUGGAAUAUAUCCAGAAUUGAUAGUUACUACGUAUACAGGUUGGGUAUUUGGAUUAACAACAGAGCCUGUAUUUGCAAUAAAUUCUGGAUUGGAUGAAAGAGGAAGUGAGGCGCCAGAAAUGGAAAUUAAAGUACAACAAAUGAGAUUAGAAAUAGAGCAAUUAGAAAUUAAAGUAAAAGAUGAAAGAGAACGGUUUAAUAAUGAAAUGACUCGUUUAAAUCAAAUAGCUAGUGAAGUACCUGCAAAUGGAAAUUUAAUAGGGAAUAAUACAAGUUUAAUGGCUUUUACUGUUAAUGAUAGAUUUGAAUUGAGAAAAGAAUUGGCUUGCUAUAAUUUGUCUGUUGAAUUAGCAAUUCCAAUAGAUUAUGUCUUGCUACAAAGUGAUGUUAAAGUUGAUUUAUUGGAUGUUGAAAGGAAUUCUGCAGUUAUUUCUGUUACUGAACCAGAAAAUGAAGAAAUGCGUAUUAGAUCAAUUGAAGGACAAUUUGGCACUUUACGUUUAUAUAUUGUACCUAGACUUGUUCCUCUUACAUGCAAGGUCUGUUCUUACCCAAUAAAACCACUUGCCCUCCACGAACGUAUCCACUAUUUUGAUGAACAUCGUCCAAUGAAUACUUUAACUCUGACAGGCUCAUUUUCAAUAGCAGAAGCCCAUUCUUGGUUAGCUUUGUGUUUAGCUGAAGUUCCCGAACGUUGUCCACAGGCAGAGACUGUUACUUUUAAUUUUCGUUCAACAUUUAAUGGAGGGACUCAAUUACAAGCUAAUUAUAGGUGGAGAGUUAGUUAUCGUUCUGACAAUUUAUCCACAAUUGUUAUUUUACGUGAUGUUAUUAGCAGAAUUGUUUCUAUGGGACAAAUAAAAGUACAUAUUGCUUGUGAUAUUAAUGAGGAAAGUAUUAAAAAAUGUUUAGAAUUAAUUUGGCCUAAAUUGGAAUAUCAAAGUCGGCUAGUUAGACAAUUGGAAUUAGCGAGAGGGUUAAAGGUUAAUUUCUUUUGAAAAUAUUUU